CCUGGCGCUGACCCAGGCCACGGGUCAGCCUUGCACUCACUAAGCAAACGAGAACACCUCGUCGGAGGCUUGGGUGCAAGGCCGCCGCCCCGCCUGCUGCCCCCCUUGGCACCUUAACCCAUAGCCCCGCAACGUCCCGCUGUCCGCGGGCGGCCAGGCACCGGAAACUGAAGCCCUUGGCUACAGCCUGAGACCGGAAACGGAAGCGGAAGCGCCUGGGGGGGGGUGCCGAGGAAGGAGUCGCGGGGUGGCUCACUGCCUCCAGUGUGAAGUUUUCUCCGCGGCGGGCUGGGUUCACGUGACAAGUUAUCUCUGGAGUUCAAGUGUGAGUUGAAACCAGCCUCAAGUUUCACCUGUCCUCACUGACCCGUGGAUUUCUGUGACCAGGUGGCUUUGGAAGAACUACCAAUAUAUCCUGGUAUUUCUUUUUGCCAUUGAGGAAAUCAAUAAGGACUCCCAUCUGCUCCCCAAUCUGUCCUUGGGUUUCAACCUCUACAAUGCCUUUCCCAGUGACCAAAGGACCUUGGAAAGUGCCCUGUUUUGACUCUCUGGAGGAAAUCAGACUCUCCCUAACUACAACUGCCAGGGACAGAGAAAAUCUGUGGCCAUUGUUACAGGAACCGCGCUGGCAUUUUCAGCCGAGAUUGGAACAGUUCUGGAGCUCUACAGAAGCCCACAGGUAAAUGCCCUCCAGAAGCAGGGCCUCCAUUGAUCACCUGAUGGCAUCUGGAGGUACUAUACUGAGAUAUAACAUCAUGACCAUGCUUUUGUCUCAAGAUCAACAGAAUCAAACAAAAUGGAUGGAGCUAGUUAUAGGCAUGUCUGCAGUCGUUACAGCUAUUUGCAGAUUUCUGCCAUUGGGAGCUUCAAAUACAAAUUAUUUAAUUAGAAAGUGUAUCAGGGAACUUCCCUGGCGGUCCAGUGGUUAAGACUCUGGCCUCCCAAUGCUGGGGGCACGGGUUCAAUCCCUGGUCAGGGAACUAAGCCCCACAUGCCUCACGGCAUGGUCAAAAAAGAAAACAAAAAUAAUAAUAAUAACAACAAUAGAGGCUGCCUCUAUCUGGUGCUAGUCCAUAAAAUAAAAUAAAUUAAAAAAAAGAAAUUGUAUCAAAAAUGUAUUUUCUAAUGUAGGAUGAAAUACUGUAAAAUAUCCAGAGACAACUCAUGAUGAAACAGAGGGCUAUCAAAAUUGGCCAAAUCGGGACUUCCCUGGUGGUCCAGUGGUUAAGACUUUGCCUUCCAAUGCAGGGGGUGCAGGUUCGAUCCCUCGUCGGGGAGCUAAGAUCCCACGUACCUUUGGACCAACAAAACAAAACAUAAGAUAGAAGCAAUAUUGUAACAAAUUCAAUAAAGACUUUAAAAAUGGUCCACAUCCGCAGUGGUUAAGAAUCCACCUGCUAGUGCAGAGGACACAACCGGUCCUACAUGGGCAAUUUACGCUGUAAAUGUCGUACCUGGUGCUGCCGCUGCCAGCCCCGCCGUGGGGCCCCAGUGGGCUGUCACCCGCUGGUUUUGCCCUCCUGGGAGGCUGCCACAUCUGACCGGAACCACCCUGCUGCUCCAACACCUGCCUUCUGCCCUAGUCGCAGGCUGUCCCACCGGAAUCGAGUGCCUUUAUUGCCUGGCUUUCACAUCGCGCUAAAAAUGCAGUAUCCCAUCCAGCAGGCCAGGUACUCCCGGCUGGGGAUGCUUCCUUUGGUGAGCUGGAGGGACUCGCCAAAGAAGCCCGUGCUGUCUGCUCAUAAUUCGAUCAUGGUCGGCCACUUGAGAGCCAUCAAGAGUCCUCCACUGGGGCACAAAUUUACCCUCCUGCAUUCACCAGCUGAGCAGGUAGUCAAGGUUAGGAAGCCGAUACCAUCCAGUCACCUCCCACUUCCUUCCCCAAAGGAGAGGGAGGUGAAGGUCCCAUCCCAUGCCAUGGUGUUCUCUGCCCCAACCGCAUGCUGCUCCCUGCUGCUGGAGAGGCCAACAAAAGAAGUGCUGGGUGAAGACCACCAGCCCAUAUCACCAGGCUCACUGAUGUCUGGGAAGGAGCUGCAGCGUGAAAAGUCUUCACACAUCCCAUCAAGAAGUUCCUCUUCCCUGCUAUCUACCAGCAGUAGGCCUUGCAAGCAGAAGAUUCCCCUGCCGCUUUUUCUGCCGCUGCCAGGGCUGAGGUCGCCCCCAUCGGGGAUUGAGGCACUGACAUGGGAUCGAGACCCGCAUUUAUGGCUUCAGCCAUCAUCAGUGCUUCAGCAGGCAGCACCUCUGACACCGAACCUAUGGACACCACACCUCCUUCCCAGGCUGUCAUUUUCCAUUCUGCCCCUGUCUCCAGGCAGAGCCAAUAGCCAUUUCACAGGGCUGUUCCUAGUUCUGGGAACACACCAACCAGUGGUAGCAAUGCCUCAGCCCAUGCCUCGACUCAUUUACCUGCAACACCGGCCAACAGAUAGACCAACACUUCAAGCUUGCUUGGACCCAGGUCUCCCGUCUCAGGCCACAUUGGGGGCCAAUGAUGGGCAGAGGCCUAACGAUUAUUUUCUAUUGGGGAACCCUGCAGCCUCAGUGCAAGAUAAAGUCCUAGUCGCUCCUGAAGCCUAGCCACCGCGAGUCAGCAUCAUGCAGUCAGCUUUGCCAGCUUCCCUAUUCGCCACUACCAGCAACACGCAGCUGGCCUUUGGUGACAACCCAGGCAUUCUCCCUAGGGCUGUGUCCAUUGCUACUGGCUUUGGACUUGCCACCAGGAUGCCCAGUACUGCGGACAGUAGCUCGCUCUUUGCCAAUACCACACCGGGCCCACUGUUCAUGGGACCUGAAGACCCUUCGGCCGGGGGGAGCCUUGGAGUUGGUGUGUCAGCCCCAGGCCUCACUCAUUCAGAGGCAUCCAGACCACUUAACUUUGGGGCAGGACUAAGUGGGGCACCCAGCACCGCUUCUGUUCCUACUUUGGGCCAGACAACCUGCCAUCUACCUGACCAUGGCGAGGCUGCUGCAGUAGGAGGGGCAGGCACCAUCUCAGCAUUUGGGAGCAUACCUGAUUCCACCUUAAAUCCAAAUACCUGGGGCCUACCUGGGCGGAAUACAGGCGGUACGGUGAUGGCAGGGGACAACACCAUCCCCACGAUGGGAGGCCCUAGUGUUUCUACUUGCCGUCACUGCACACAGGGCCCAUCUGGACGUAGAAAAUCUACGUUUAAAAGUUCCAUCACCAAGGAGAAGAAAUCUGUGUCAAGGGACAUGUCAGUUUCCACCUUCCAACAAAGCACACCACAUCUAUUGGAGUUGCAAGUGUGGUUACCACCCGUGGGUUUCAGCACACUUCUAGUUCUACCUUAUUUCCUAACACAAGGGGCCCACCUGCCCACAAUCCAGGUGAUGGCCAUCUAGGAGGGAACAACAUCAUGCCCAUGACUGGAGGACCUGCUAUUCCCGCUUACAACUGGGACCCACCUGGCCAAUACACAGGUGGUGCGGAUGGAGAGCACAACAUCUCACCGGUGCUAGGAGGCCCUGUGUCAAUAACUGCCAUCAGACUUGGAACCCAUCUGGGCAGAGAACAGGGGGGGGCAUGGGGGACAGCACCACACCUGCUGUGACUGGAUACACUUCUGGUGCCACAUUCAUACAAAGCACCUGGGGAUACCCCUGGUCAAAACCCAGGUGGUGCCAUGGGGGAUAGCACCAUCCAUGUUUAGAGAGGAGCCUCUACUCUCAGGAAGAACACUGGGGUCCCCAAGUCAGGGCACCCCUCUGACUUAGAUGAGCCAGCAUUGUGUUUGGAGGCUCCUGGUCAGGGCAGCUGUGCCUGUGCUCACAGGAGUCUGGCAGCCUCAUAACCUGCCCAGGGCUUCAUAGGAGCCAUCAGCUAAUUCCUUUCUUCUAUGAAGAAACUCAACAAAUGAAGAGCAGAUCUUAUUCUGCAAACUGUGUGUAACCAUGAAUGGACUUUGCCUCACUGGAAAGUGGCUCAGCCCCUUUAAGUGAAACUUAACCUCCUCUCUUCCUACAGCAAGCCGGAGGACCACACCUCAGGUAUGUGCAAGAUUGUGUGUGUAUGUGUGUGUGUUGGAGGGUGAGGAGCAUAUGAGCCCACUUCAGAACUACACCAGACUUGAGAAGUUCCAGUUAGGAGAGUGGAAGAGAGCUGGCUGUAUCAUCCACUGUGCCAUCCCUGGGUUGACUGUUAACUUGGCGGACCCAAGAUCCUGGCCAGUUUUCCCUAGACUUGGAACUGGCAGGAUGCCCACUGCUGUUUUCAGAUGCUUCCUCUCCCCCUAUGCAUUUGCCUCAAUGGGCCCUUCUCUUUCCCAGCUUUAUGUACUAUAUAUAUGUCAAUAAAACCUUGUUCAUAUUAA